AUGCUUUCCUCCAUUAUCCGCUCCUUCGCAAAAGCAAGACCAGCAUUUGAUAUCACUCCAGCAGCUGCAAAACAGAUUAAGAAGUUACUCAUUGGCGAUUGCGAAAACAGAAUGAUGAGAAUUGGCCUUAAAGCAGGCGGUUGCAGUGGAUUUCAAUACGAUUUCAGCUUUGACUCUCAUGCUAGAAAGGGUGAUAGCUUAUUCAAGAAAGAUGGCGCUCAAGUUGUACUUGAUGAAAAAUCCCUCUUCUACUUGAGACAUUCAACAUUAGAUUUUGUUGACGAUAAGUUUUCAUCAGCAUUCAAGGUUGUUCUUCCACAAGAUACAACAAUGCAUUCAUGCAGCUGUGGUCGUUCUGUUGGUACAGAUAACAAUCCAGGUGCUUGCCUCCAUUAA